GACCCUCCGGGACCACACAGACAGGCGGAGGACGAAAGUCUAUGAGCAGGAGCUGAACAAGAUGCAUUGUGAGAGGUUCUUAUGCGUCCUGAGAAUAAUUGGAACUACGCUUUUUGGAGUCUCUCUCCUCCUGGGAAUCACAGCAGCUUAUAUUGUUGGCUACCAGUUUAUCCAGACGGAUAAUUACUAUUUCUCCUUUGGACUGUAUGGUGCCUUUUUAGCAUCACACCUCAUCAUCCAAAGCCUCUUUGCCUUUUUGGAACACCGGAAAAUGAAAAAGUCCCUUGAAACCCCCAUUAAAUUGAACAAAACUGUAGCUCUCUGCAUUGCUGCGUACCAAGAAGACCCUGACUACUUACGGAAAUGUUUGCAAUCUGUGAAAAGGCUGACCUACCCUGGGAUUAAAGUCGUGAUGGUCAUAGAUGGGAACUCAGAGGAUGACCUUUAUAUGAUGGACAUCUUCAGUGAAGUGAUGGGCAGGGACAAAUCGGCCACUUAUAUCUGGAAGAAUAACUUCCAUGAAAAGGGACCUGGUGAGACAGAAGAGUCCCAUAAAGAGAGCUCACAACAUGUAACCCAAUUGGUGUUGUCUAACAAAAGCAUUUGCAUCAUGCAAAAAUGGGGUGGAAAGAGAGAAGUCAUGUACACGGCCUUCAGAGCACUGGGGCGAAGUGUGGAUUAUGUACAGGUGUGUGACUCAGAUACCAUGCUUGACCCUGCCUCAUCUGUGGAGAUGGUAAAGGUCUUAGAAGAAGACCCUAUGGUUGGAGGUGUCGGAGGAGAUGUCCAGAUUUUAAACAAGUAUGACUCCUGGAUCUCCUUCCUCAGCAGUGUGAGAUACUGGAUGGCUUUCAAUAUAGAAAGGGCCUGCCAGUCUUAUUUUGGGUGUGUCCAGUGCAUAAGUGGUCCUUUGGGCAUGUACAGAAACUCCUUGCUGCAUGAGUUUGUAGAAGACUGGUACAAUCAGGAAUUCAUGGGUAACCAGUGCAGUUUUGGUGAUGACAGGCAUCUUACCAACAGGGUGCUGAGUCUGGGCUAUGCAACGAAAUACACAGCUCGGUCCAAGUGCCUUACUGAAACACCUAUAGAGUAUCUCAGAUGGCUGAACCAGCAGACCCGCUGGAGCAAAUCCUACUUCCGAGAGUGGCUGUACAAUGCCAUGUGGUUUCACAAGCAUCACUUGUGGAUGACCUAUGAAGCUGUUAUCACUGGAUUCUUUCCUUUCUUUCUCAUUGCCACAGUCAUCCAGCUCUUCUACAGGGGUAAAAUCUGGAACAUCCUCCUCUUCCUGUUAACUGUACAGUUAGUGGGUCUUAUAAAGUCAUCUUUUGCCAGCUGCCUUAGAGGAAAUAUUGUCAUGGUCUUCAUGUCUCUCUAUUCAGUGUUAUACAUGUCAAGUCUACUUCCUGCCAAGAUGUUUGCAAUUGCAACCAUAAACAAAGCUGGAUGGGGCACAUCUGGAAGGAAGACCAUUGUUGUUAAUUUCAUAGGACUUAUUCCAGUGUCUGUGUGGUUUACAAUACUUCUAGGUGGUGUGAUUUUCACCAUUUAUAAGGAAUCUAAAAAGCCAUUUUCUGAAUCCAAACAGACUGUUCUCAUUGUGGGAACCUUGAUCUAUGCAUGCUACUGGGUCAUGCUUUUGACUCUGUAUGUGGUUCUCAUCAAUAAGUGUGGCAGGCGGAAGAAGGGACAACAGUAUGACAUGGUGCUUGACGUAUGAUCUCACGAUGAUGUUUGCAGUCACACACACCUUAGUUCCGCAAGGGGCUGUACAGUAUUGUGGCAUUGCACCUUGCCACCACAGGAAACAUAUCACUGCUGCUGGGACUUGAACAAAGACAUUUGAUGGGUUGAGUUUUGAUUCUGCCAAAGUCAAUUGAUAUGUCAGUAUGAAGAAAUUCAGACAGAACCCGGAAUUUUUAGGAACGUGGGAUGACUCCUUUGUUUAUGCACUUUUCCUCCUACUGUGCAUCCGCCUGACAAGUGUUUGUUCUAUAUACCUCACUAGCCAUGCUUUAUGUGGGUGAUCAUGGACGAAAAGGAUUCUGAAAACUCAAGGGAACACUCUCUCGACCUAUACAACCUAACUUAUGGACCGUUUUGA